CGGCCAUGUCCGCCCGGCAGGAGCGGAACCGGUCCUUUCUCGAGGCCGUCGACCGCCUUGGGUACGUGCCGCAAGGGCGCUUCGCUGGCGCAGGGCCGCUCGAGCCCAAGGAUGUGGACUCGCUCAUGCGCGGCUCGCUCGAGCCUGUGUGGCACUGGGUAGCGCUCAACGUCCACGCGCCCGCGACCAUGGAGUUGUACCGGCGCAACGUCCGCGUUGCCCGCCACGAAGCCACGAGUGCUGUGGCCGAGCGCCAGCGGAAGCGCGACGCGUGCGUUGCCUUGAAGGAGAAGAAAGCUUUCCUGGAGCGUACGCUGGCCAACAUGCGUUCCGAGAACCAGAAGGAGCUCGCCGCUCUCUCAACCAUGGAGCACGACACGCAUGUGUUUGCAGAGACGGUACGCCAGCGCCAGCGCAGCCAAGUGCUCCUGCACGGACAAGCCCAUGCGUUGCAGUGCAACCAAGCCGCGCACGUGGCCACGGUGGCCGACAUGAAGCAGCGCUUGUUGCCGCGGUUCUCGCCGAUGCAAAAGGCGACCCGAGAGAUGGUCGAUACUGCCUUGGAUACGCUGCAGCACGACUGUGCCACGCAGCGCGACCAGAUCGAUCCGCCUGUGACCAACCUCGUCGAGAAGGUCUUUCGGGUCUGCAGCGGACUCGACAUCGUCCACGCGCUCCAGCAGCAGCCGCCAGCAACGCUUCCCACAGCAUCUGUCGAUGCCCAACGACCCGAGCCGACCAGAAAGAUCGAUACGCUCACGUCCGUGCGCGCCCUUCUCCAGGAGCGACAGCAACACCACAUUGCUCAGUUUGUGCAAACCAUGAAGCUACGCCAAGCAACGGAAAAGCAGUACCCGCCGUCCGCGCUACCUCGAUUCCCAACCCCCCUCUCGCCUUCGCUGCGCGCGUAUCUGGAAGCGGACGAGGCCCACGUCGUCGCCACAGCCGUCUACGCUGUCGUAGUGCAGUACGAGCAAGAGGUCGAGGCGGCGAUAUCCGCGAAGCAAACGCUCAACACCCACAUCCAGAACCAAGUGCACGAGAUCACGGCGUUCACAAGCCGCUUCGAGGCGACGACGCGUGCGAUCUCGACUGCGUUUCAGCGCAACCGAGCCCUCGUGCUGCAUAUUUUGGACCAGCACAACCAGCUCUUGGUCGCAGUGCACGCCAACAUUCUAUCGCCGUACUUCGGCCAAGUCGCGCCACUCGAGCAGCAGCUACAUGCGCUCGGCCAUGAAGAGCGCUCGGCGGCAGUCUUCCCGUCGCACCCUACGCCGUUUGUGGCCAAGAUCAGUGACCCGCACGACGCACUCUACCGCCUUGCGCAGAGCCUCGACGUGCCCGACUACGGCAAUGUCCACCAGCUUCUCCGCGCUUUCGAUGGCGAGACCCAGCUACGCCUCUACGCCCACCUGCAGCACAUGUAGACAUGGCUGCUUAGCGGUGCCUCUCAUGCACACGUCGUAGUCUGACAGCGCUCGAGGCCCAGAAGGCAACUGCGACCGCUAUGGCCACGCAGCACCAAGCUGUCCUUGCCCAAGUCGCCGAACUCCACGCGUGCGAUGCGUCGCAGUGGGCGCCCCGUGUACAGCAGCUCCAGGCGCAGGCCGAAGCUAUCCUCACAACGCACCUGCCGGCGCUACUGGCUGCGAUCAACGAUUGGUUUCACCAGCCAGCGCAGCAGUUGAUUACUGCCUAAGAUGAGCUUCAAGAAGGUGGAAUAUACUGAGUCGUGUGGAUGGCGACUACGGAUCGUGGGCCUUGGUGGCCGCGACGCGAA